AUGGCAGACAUCCCUGAAUGUUAUUUAGCAAUCCUGGAGUUCCUGGAAGUCCCGGAGUUCCCUGAAGUCCAGGAAUUCCUGGAAGUCCCGGAGUUCCAGGAAUUCCCGGAAGUCCCGGAGUUCCAGGAAUUCCCGGAAGUCCCGAAAUUCCAGGAAUUCCCAGAAGUCCCGAAAUUCCAGGAAUUCUCGAAAGUCAAGGAAUUUCAGGAAUGCCCGGAAGUCCCGGAGUUCCCGGAAGUCCUGGAAUUCAUGGAAUUCCCGGAAAUCCCGGUGUUCCCAGAAUUCCAGUCUGGAAUUCAUGGAACUCCUGAAAAUCUAGGCAAUCCUGGAGUUCCUGGAAGUCCUGGAGUUUUCGAAAAUCCAGGAAUUCGCGGAAGUCCCGGAAUUCCAGGAAGUCCUGGAGCUCCCGGAAGUCCCGGAAUUCCAGGAAUUCCCGGUAGUCCCAGAGUUCCUGGAAGUCCCGGAAUUCCUGGAAUUCCCGGUAGUCCCGGAGUUCCCGGAAGUCCUGGAAUUCCCGGUAGUCCCGGAGUUCCCGGAAGUCCUGGAAUUCCCGGUAGUCCCGGAGUUCCCGGUAGUCCCAGAAUUCUGGAAAUUCCCGAAAGUCCGGGAGUUCCCGGAAGUCCCGAAAUUCUCGGAAGUCCUGGAAUCCCCGGAAGUCCCGGAGUUCCGGGAAGUCCAGGAAUUUUAGGAAUUUCCGGAAGUCCUGGUGUUCCCGGAAUUCCAGGUAAUCCUGGAAAUCUAGGCAAUCCUGGUAUUAGUUGA